AUGGUUUAUAGUAUUCGUUAUCUCUUCCUCGUUGGUGUCGCUUCGGCCGCCUUCACCGGCAAUCUAAACUACUUUUCCCCCUCGAGGCAUCAUGCAUCACUAGGCGUAUCGAUCAGUAAAGUAGCUAAACGGACCGCGGCGAACUCACAUUGGGAUCCGAGCCAGCUGAAAUUUACUCACGGUAUUGCUUCUGGCGACCCAUACGACGAUAGCGUCAUUCUCUGGACUAGGGUCGCCCCAUCUAGCGAUAAUGACAAGAGCAAUGUAACUGUAUCGGGCUACGUCUCUCUUUACGAUCACUCGACCGAACAAUUCGUGGCAAAGAGCAACACGCGGGUCUGUGUAGAUUGGAAAAUAAGUAGUUCUUCAUCAUUGGAAGACAUCGUAGAUUCUGGGAGGGCAUAUACUAGUUCCGAUAUCGACUAUACAGUCAAGGUUGAAGCAAAGAAAUUGAAACCUUUCACAACUUAUUUCUACCAAUUCAACGUGUGUAACUCGGAGAAUGCCUCUCCUGUUGGUCGCACCAAGACAAUCCCUUCUGCGAAUGAUGAAGUACUAGAGCCAGUGAGACUUGCAGUGUACUCCUGUAGCAACUAUCCAUUUGGUUUCUUUAACGCAUAUGGCAAUACGGUCAGAAAAGAUUCUGUCGACUAUGUGGUCCACCUAGGCGACUAUAUAUACGAAUACGCAAAUGGCGACUAUGGCUGGGGCGAUGCCUACGAUCGAAUCCCGCUUCCUAAUAAGGAGAUAUUCACUCUUUAUGAUUACCGAAAACGUAUCGCCACCUACAGAACUGAUCUUGACCUACUUGAAAACCAUCAGAACUUCCCUUGGAUACCUGUCUGGGACGACCAUGAGGUAGCUGAUAACAGUUGGAAAAGCGGUUCUGCCCAUUUGAACAAUACUGAGGAAUCGUUCAUAAUGGACGGUGGCGUAUCAGUUGAUCAACGAAAGAUGAACGCUGUUCGUGCCUAUUUCGAGUGGAUGCCUAUUCGACAAGUUGACAUGGAUGAUAAUUUACGAAUCUGGCGUAAUUUUAAGUUCGGAAACUUAUUCGACCUUGUCAUGCUUGAUACUCGACAGUACGAUCGGACUAUUACUGAUUUAUAUUGGAAUACCGAAUAUCUCGGCGACAUACAUAAUGAUGCUAGCCGAACACUAAUGGGUCCUCGACAAGAAGUAUGGUUUUAUCGUACUCUACGUGAAAGUUCCACUCGAGGUGCUACGUGGCGUAUCAUUGGCAACCAGAUCAUUUUCAGUCGAAUGAAUGAAAGCUUGGCUACUAGUGAGAACUUGCCGUUCAAUUAUGACCAAUGGGAUGGGUAUCAAGCAAACCGCAAUCGGACGUUCCAAACUAUAUAUGAGAAUAACAUAGGAAACAAUGUGUUCCUAGCCGGAGAUUCGCAUGCGUCCUGGGUUUCUGAUCUCGUUUGGCUCGAUGAACACCCGUACGACCCAGUUACCGGAUCUGGAUCUAUGGGGGUCGAGUUUGCUGGUUCAGCUAUCAGUUCUCCGUCCCCGAUAGGACAGAACAUAACAUUAGAUACCGCUAUUGCUCUUUCGGAGUGGCUCACAACCGCAAACGAAGAGCUACAAUGGCAGGAUCUAUACUACCGUGGGUACUACGAGCUGUCUAUCAGUCACGAGAAAGUAGAUGCCGCCUUCUUCGGCGUCCCAACGACUACUCUCCGUAACGGAUAUGAGAUUCCUCUGGCAAAUUUUACAGUUCUCGCCGGUGAGAACCGGCUACAUCGAACCAACGGAUCUCCUGCUGUUGGGAAUGUAGAAACUGGUAGCUUGAAGGGUGGCACGGUCAAGAGAUCAAACUUGACAUACGACACAGAAACCGGCAAAUGGUUCAGAUACACAAGUCCCUAA